AUGAUUGACGAAAACCUGCCCACCUUCUUUCUAAAGAACGACUCAAAGACUCCCCAGCAAAAUACCAUAUAUCACCGUCAACAUGGGAAUGACCCCGAACCCGCAUAUACUCUCCGCGCCCUGGACCCCGCCGCCCCUGCGUCACAGAACCGUUAUGGCGUCGCCCUCUGCGACCCCUACGUGCCGGAUGUUAUCUUUGGGGAGGUCGCUGUAAUCCCCGAAUGGACACAGCCGAGCUUGUCCGCAGAUACUAUUCGAGCCAAUGGUGGUGCUCCCCCUCCGCCUGAACCUAUCCUCCCCGUCGAAUUCACCAUCCAACUUUACAACCCCGACCAGACAAUCACCGUGAAACAUCAACCCAAGUCCUGGAACAAACCCGCUCGAUGGGAAUUCGAGAUGCCGCAGCGCACUUUCCGAUUCCCUUCCGCCUCGACCCUAGACCGAACGCAGAGCGACCCAGCGGCAGCAGAUGUGACACCGAAGCUGCGAUUCAGUUGGCGCAAAGAUGGAAAACUGUCCAAGGAUCUUACGUGUCUGUUGCAUGGGAAGUCAUCGACAAUUGCAGACACGCAGAAGAAGAGCCGGGAGCCCGAUAUCACCGUCGCACUUUUCCAAGGCCUGCGUGAGCUCACACUCUACGAGCCGAAUCUCUACCGCGUGGAAAUGGAGGACUUCAAAGGCCUGGAAGUUGUUUUAUUGCUUGCUGCAGUGGCUAUUCGUGAUAUAUUCUUCGGCCUCGCCAAGGAAGCAUUUCAUAUCACAGCUGGUGGACCAACAAUGACCAACAGUAGGCCGCAGCCCGUUGCUACUCCUGCCCCCGCAGGUAGGAAGAGCCCGAAGGUUCAAGCUGUUGACGCAGUACCUACUGGAAAACCACCACCACGAAGCUCGACCUUCAACGCAAUGUCACCACAAUCACCAGGACCCCAAGCCCGAAGGAGACAAGACCAGCUCGCGCAAGAAGAAACCCGCCGAACGCAAGAACUCCUAUCUACAGAGAAACGGGCGCAAGAGAAAUCGCGACAAAAGCGCCAGGCCGAAGUCGACAAGGAAACGAAACGACUACAAAAGCUCUACGGACAAGAAGAGCACCAAGCCCGACUUCAACCAGCUCCCUCUUCCCGACCAAAUCUUCCCCCACGACACAGCGGUCCUUCUCGCCCAUACUCUCACCACCCCUCUCAGUCUUACUCAUACCUCCCUCAACAAGCGCCCGCUCAGCAGCCUCCUCGCUACCAUCGACCGCAACAGUCUCAUGGCGCACCCGUCCCCACAUUCGCUAAUGGCCCGUAUAUGCAUGCGCCCGGUGGCAGAGAUCCGCGGAUCCAAUCAUCCGCUCACAUCGCCCAACCCCGGCCUCAGGUCCGGCCCCAGUCGACGGUCGGUUUCUACCCGACCGCGACGAGCAGCGGGGCCUUGCAGCCUGGGCCACAGCCUGCUCAGAAGCUACAACCUAAGAAAAGCAGUUUCUUUGGAUUCCGGCGCAACAAGGAAGAAGACGACAGAAAGCGUCUGGAUAAAAAGCGCAGUUCGAUGUUCUGA